UCAGAAAGCCGCUCUCUCGCUCUCUCUCUCUCUCUCUCUCUCUUUCCCUCUCUUUCACACAGACUCUCUCCCUCCUUCUCUCCCUCCUUCUCUCCCUCUCUCUAUCUCGGUCGUGUGUUCUCAAAGAGCCCGCCGCUCCAAAGGGGGGGAAUUUUCAAACGUCCCAACGUGUCUCUGGACCUCUCAGUUGGACGGCAUCACCCAGCUGCGGAGAGACUCUACGGCGUGAACUUUCACCUCAUCGCCCCCGCCCCACCACCCCCCGUCCGACACGAGGGAAGGACAACUGGAAAAAGAGGGGAAGCAACGAAAAACAGAGGAGAAAGAAAAAGAAGAGGAGAAAAAAGAGAGAAAAUUGAAGAGAACGGUUUCAACGCUGGGCACUCGUCAACACAAAGUGGGCAGAGGAGAAGAGAAACAAUCUGGCUCGUUCACCGCUGGCAGCACUCGGACGUAGCCAGGAUGGGCUAGCCUGCUCGGACGACUCACCAUACUCCCACUCACCGCCUUGUGGGAAGGACCUGCGUGUCUGUGUGUGAGUGUGUGUGUGUGUGUGAGUGUGUGUGUGUGUGUGUGUGUGUGUAGGGGAGGAUGAGUGUUUACACGCUGAACCUUCGCGUCUUCUGGCCGCUGCUCAGCUGCGUGCUGGUGGUCCUGCUGCUGCUCCAUCACCUCACGUACCGGAACGUUCCGGACCCCUCGGCGGGCGACGGCUGCCAGGACCCUCCGGCCGACCUCCUCCUCCUCGGGCCCCUGUCGCUGCUCAAGUGCGCGCUGGCGCUGGCCGUCUGCUACCUCUUCGUGCGCUACUGCGCCCGCGGGCCCGGGGCGGGCGGCCGGGGCAAGAGGGCAAGUCUGGGGCGGGCGCUGCUCCUGGAGGGGCACGGGCGCGCCCGCCGCGAGCUCCUGGAGGAGUACUACGAGCGCGAGGUGCGCCUCUCGCCCCACGUCCUGGGCCACAGCAAGGCGCACGUGGCCAAGCUGGUCAGCGAGCUGGUGAGGGUGGGCCGCACCGACGGGCCGCCGGAAUCCUCGCUGGCCUUCCGCGGCGACCACGUGCAGAUCGGCAGCUCGUACGAGGAGCACAAGGUGGGCUCGCCCGACUGCUUCGACAUCCUCGUGCCGCUGCGUCUGCCGCGUGGGCUCGUCCUGGAGCCGGUGGCGGCGUUCGCCGAGCGGCCCGGCGGCCCGCCGCUGGUCGCCCUGGAGACGGCGCGUCGCUCCGACUGGACGCGGCGGCACCGGCCGUUCGCCGAGGGCUUCCUGCGGCCGGCGCGAGGGUCCCCCGGCGUCCAGCGGCUCAGCCCGGACGGCGUGCUGCGCUGGUUCUACCCAGCCGCCCAGCGCUGCCUGGCCGCCGUGCGCUACCCGUUCGAGCAGCGCUGCGCCCUCAGCCUCUCCCUCGGCGAGGACCAGCGCGUGCAGCUGCGCCUGACGCCGCGCUCCGACUACGUCUGCUGCCACAUCUCCAUGGGCGUGCGGCUCGUCCCCGCGUUCCCGCUCGGCGACUCCGCCUUCCUGGUCCCCGUCGCCGCGUCGUCGUCGGACCAGCGUCGUCGCCCGGGCGAGGAGGACCUGUGGGCCGUCUACUUCCCCAAGCAGGAGCAGCGUCUGCUGGGCCUCCUCAAGGGGCGCCUCCCCGCCGGCUCCUGCCACCUCAAGGUCCUCCAGCUGGCCAAGGAGGUGCGGGACCUGGGCGGCCAGACGCUGGACAACCAGGCCCGCGCCGAGUGGAAGGGCGCGCUGACCUCCUACGCCCUGAAGACCGCCUGGCUGCGGCUGCUGUUCGGCACGCCGGCCGAGGCCUGGGAAGAGCGCCACCUGGUGGACCGGCUGGAGGACCUGCUGCGGAGCCUGCGGGAGAGCCUGCAGAGCUGCACGCUGAGGCACCUGUUCCUCGGCGGCGACGUCGGGCUGCUCCCCGAGUCCGUGUCCGUGGCCAUGCCCAAGCUGCUGAAGGACGCGGCGCCGGCCAACCUGUGGGAGGGGGUCAGCGCGGCCUCCCUGGAGCUGGUGGCGGCGCGGCUCUCCUACACCUGGGCGCACCUGCACCGGCUCAUCCGGCUGGGCAGGCCCCAGAGAAGCAGCCUGGGCCGGGGCCUGCACUGCAAACACAUAGAGGCAGAGUGAGGAGCCUCCACAGCGCCACUCCCAAUGAAUCCAACUGCAAUAUCUAUUACCCAGGGUCCAGGGACUGGCCCGUCACUUCAGGGCAAUUGUUGGUUUGAUAACUCGUUCUAUGUUCAGACUCUAUGUUUCAGAGACAUUUAUAAUGCCAAACAAUGAUCUCGUUAAGGGGUAAUGGUGAUUUUGUUUUUUUGCACUGCUAGAUACAACCAUUAUGCUUUAUGAAAUAUUUAUCAGCAAACACAAGUGCCUUCUAUUUCAUCAAAGAAACAGUCCAUUUGGAAAAAGUCUGUAGAAUUCAUAUAUGAUGAUGAAAGUGUUGUAGCAUAGACAUAUUGCUGUGUACUUAUACAGUUACAUAGCAAAAAAUAUUUGAUUUGUUUAUUUUUAUAUACUGUACCUACCUUGCAUGUUGAAGGGCAUUAUGCCAUUUAAGUAUAUGCAAGUGCUUUAGCACAGAUUUAACAUGCAAGUACAUGUGAGUCCUAUGUGUUUUCUACAGACCUUUUUCAUUUAUUUUUGGGUUCUUAAACCAAAGAUUCAAAAACUGAUCAUUCUGCUGAUCAAAGAUUGUCUUGAAUGUAUAGAUGCACAAAGUAAGCUUCCUAUAGGUACAGCAGAAAAGUCCGUACCUGCCACUUUUUCUUAUGUUGCAAUAUGCACAUUGUUACAGCAUGUAGCAGUUGUUUUUGUACUGUACCUUAUUUAUCUUGGUACUGAUCAGGGCAAGCUAAUUACAGGAUACAUUCCAGCUUUGUUGGUAUAAUUGCUGUUUGCAUUGGGGAGACAUGAAGGAAUACACAAAAGCCAUGUUCUUUUUAAUCAGCUGUUUCAGGCAACAGAUAAUACAUUUCAGCGGAAGUAGCCUGAAUGGUACGGUUAAAUCAGAACGAUUUAGUUGGCAAUUAGUGGUAGUUGUGUAGUCCUUAGGGCCUUUCUGUUAAACAAGGGGUCUCUAUGCAGCUGGAAGAAGGGAGUUCAAAGGUCAACAUAGUGUUUCUAUAUGUGCAAGAAUGUGUUUCUCUCUUUCUCUCUCACACACACACACACACACACACACACACAAACACACACACACACACACACACACACACACACACACACACACACACAAAGACAGAUUGACUCAGUCUCACAGUCCCCAUGAUGUCAUGGUUCCUGCCCAGUAUGUGUGUGUAUUGUCCGUGGGCAGAGAGACACAGGAAAACAACUCCCCUAACACCGGCAUGACUCAGACGGUCCCAACUCACCUCUGCCAUGGUGUAGGGGUGAUGAUAGCCCAUGGAUUGUGUGAAUGUGUGUGUGUGUGUGUGUGUGUGUGUGUGUGUGUGUAUCCGUUUAAAACAGAGGACAGAGGAAAGGCUCUCGCUAGGUUAGCUUCUUCAUACUGUAUAGACAGGUUGUGGAAGAUUAGUGUACGAUCAGAUGGGAAAUGAAGCCAUGGCCUUUGUGGGAAAUUAAUGUCUACUUGAAUAUGCUGUGUACUUGUGUGACAUUUAAAAUAGGCUUCAGCAGCUGUCUUAUUUUCUGCUCUCAGUCACAAAAAAACCCUAUGGAACUUCCUUUCACAACCUGAGGAGGGGCACUGAAUUUAGCUGAGCUAACCGUAGGCUUUCAAGACCUAUUGAUCAGCUAUUGACGAUGGUCACAGCAUGUGGCCUUUGGCCACAGGCACAGCCGCCCAGAGAGACAUGGGAAGGCAGCACAUCCGUGGUUAACCGUUUGCUGGCAUGGUUGUGCAAACGAGACCCGUAUCACUUCAGAUGCGUUCAGACUGGUAUCCGUGGUGACUUCUGGCCCUUCGCUUCGUGCAGCUGUGGCUCAGUGUGAUAUUGUGCUUUCUGUAAUCCAGACCAGACCAGAUAGAUCUGUGUGCACGUGUGCAUCUGUGUGUGUGUGUGUCGUGUGUGCCUGUCACUCCGCCGAGACGCACCUCGCGCAGCAGGCGCUCACGUUUCCAUGACAACCGCAGACCUCGUCCCGGGGUCAUUUGCCCCUUGUGAUUGGUCGGGUGACUGGUUUGUUGGACGGAGAGGGGAGGUUGAUUGCAUUGCUGUUUCCAUUGGCUUCGCCAGGCAAACACAGGCUUAUAGAUCUGUCGGUGCAGCUCUUGUGUGUGUGUGUGUGUGUGUGUGUGUGUGUGUGUGUGUGUGUGUGUGUCAAUACUGGGUGAUUCUGGUGAUUGUACAGUCAGUUUAUAGCUGUGAGUAUUUCUGUAUGAUAUCUGUAUUCUUUUUGCCAUCUGUUUCACAUUACCACCACCAUGCAUGUGUGUGUGUGUGUUUCUGUGUGUAAUUUAUUGCAUUAUAUAUCCCUGUGUCUAUGGGGUGUUUCUGUUUAUGUGUGGUGUAUGUGCACCAGCAUGUUUGGGAGAUGUGUCAUUUCUGGUGAAUGCCAGACCUUCCCAUAUGUGUCACACACACACACACACACACACACACACACACACACACACACACACAUACACAGGCACACACACACACACACACGGGCACACACGGGCACACACACACACACACACACACACACACACACACACACACACACACACACACACACAAACACACACACAAUCUACCCAUGCCUGUCUGGACCUGUAGAUUCAGAGAUCCAGACAAUAUAAGCACGUUUCCAGAUAACCUCAAAAUUUGAUUGGAGGGCUUUUGCUCUUUAGGGAAUAGGUUGUUUCCCAGUUGUUGGUACCACUGUUUGAGCAUACUGCCACAUUGUCCCGGAACUGCAAGAUUGCAUGGUCUAAAAGCAGAAGAGAAAAUCAAAUGCGGAACCCCAGAAUGUUACAUCCUGUGCAAAAGAAGAUGCUUUAGAUUUCUAAAACAGUCACGUUCAUAUGGGUUUGAAUGUAUAUUUAUAUUAUUACAGGUAAAAAAGCCUUAAGGAAACUAUAUUGUACUGUACUUGGUGUACUGUACAUAGAAUCAGAAGAGGACCUAUGUAUGUAUAUAUAAUUUUGUACUUUUCUGCCCAUAUGUGACUUGAAAUAAAUUGAUUGUAUUUUUAAUUAGU